AUGACCGCAAAUUUAAAGAAAAAAACAGUCUUAUACUUUUUAGAUGAAAAUUUAAAUGAUAAUAUUUAUAGUGAAAGUGAAAAGGUUUUUUUAAAGAACAAUGUAAAUUGGAACAAAAUAAAUAUAUUGAGUAAUUCAAACAAUAAAGAACAGGAAAAGAAUAAGAUGAUAGAGGUAAGAAAAGACUACAUUGUUGAUAAUAGCAAUAAUGAUAUCAUAAGUAAUAAUAAAAGUUUUACAAAAAUUAAACACUAUGAUUUGCGGAAUAAUAACUCAGCUAUUAAUGUAAACAAAGUUAUAAGUGAAAGUACCUUAAGGAAAAGAAAAUACGAGAGCUUGGCAGGGGAAUAUGAAAAAAGAAAAAAGAAUUCAUUACUAUCAUCAUUAUCAUCACCAUCAAAUGAUUUUGACGAUGAUGACGUUUCCUAUCUAAGUAUAGAUAGAGAAAACAUUACACACAAGUGCGAUUUGGAAAAUGCUGAGAAGCGUAAAAACGUAUAUUUAAAUUAUCGUGGUAGGGAAAAUGAAUUUAAUUGGGGGGAAUAUUUUAAAGAGAAUAAUAGAAUUUUAAGCAAUACAGAAAUGGACAAGGAUGAUGUAGGUUGUGGCAACAUGAACAGUGGAAAAAGUAGUAGUAAUAAUGAAAACAGUGAGAAUAAUAGUAACGAAAAUAGCACUAGUAAGAGUACAAAUAAUAAGGUGGAAAAAAUAAAAAUUGGCAAUAUUUAUGGCUCAUUUAUGGAAGACAUAAAAGAUUCAUUUAUUUUGACAAAAAAUAUGAAGAAGAGUUUUAAAUGUUUUAUUGAAAAGAAAAAUAAAAAAGAAAAGAAAAAAAAAUAUUUAAUAAAUUUCCAUUCCUCAAAUUCGGAUAAUAAUGAUAACGGAGGUUAUAAAGAAUAUGGUAUAUUAUGCACUGAUGAAAUAAAAACAAAUAAUUUAAAAGUAGGAAAAAGACUUCCGUCUAAUAAUUCUUUAAAAAAUUUCUCAAGCAAUAUUACUUCUACUUCUACGAAGGUUUCCAUUUUACACAAGGAUAUAUAUACUUAUUUCCAAAAGAAGAAUGAACAAUGUGUUAAUAAGAAUAAUGUAGUGGAAGAUUAUGAAUUAAAAUAUAGUAUUAGUAAUAUAUAUAAAAAAGGAGAAAAUUAUAUAUUAGAAGAUACCCAAAGAUAUGGAGAAGGUAGAAUUAUUGAUAAGAGCUUGAAUGAUAUUUAUGCAGAUAUGCAAUCAUUUGAAAAUGAAGCUCAGUUUUUUACUCCGGAUCCUGUGAGCGAUUAUAAGAGCCAAGUAGACACAGAAGUAUUAGAAGAUGGGAAUGUAGCCAAAAAUAGUAUUUCUAAAAGAGGCAAAGGUUCUUAUAAAGGUAAAAGGGGCACACAGAGGGACAAAUUAGUUCUCUUCGAAAAUUUGGCAAAUAAAGAAAAGAAAUUAGAGGUAGAAAUGGAUGAAGAAAAAGAAAAGGAAGAAUCACAUAACAACGAUAGGUGCAGUUCAAAUUAUUACUUAUAUAUUGAAAAUACACAAAAUGUUUCAAUAAAUAACAAUCGAAAUGAACAUGAUAAUUUUCAAGAAAUUAAUAAUCCUCUAGUUACAGAGAGCUCUUCUAAUGUGUAUAAAGGGAAUGAAAAAAGUGAGAACAAUGGUGUAGGUAUAAUAAGGAGAGAAAGAAGAAUAGUUAAUAGAAAUAAUAAAUUAAUAAACAAAGAAAAUCCAGUACCAACUGAAAAGAAGACAACAACCGUCAAAAAUGUAAUAAAAGGUGUAGAGGGAAAACAAAUGAAUAAAGAAAAUACGCAGAUUGAAAGAAAUAGAAUCAAACAGGAACGGUGUGAAGAUCUAAUAAGCAAAGACUAUAUGCCCCAAAGAAAUGGUGAUGAAAAUAGAAAAGUGAAAGGUGAAAUGAAUAGUCCACCUAGAAUUAAGAUGGAAAUAGAGGAAAACAAAACAACUUCGCAGACGCACUUUGAUGAACGGGACAGGAGCAGGCGGGAGCACGUAGAGGGAGGUACCUUGAAAGGUGCAUCUCAAAAUGUACCUCAAGAUGUAUCUCAAAAUGUACCUCAAGAUGUAUCUCAAAAUGUACCUCAAGAUGUAUCUCAAAAUGUACCUCAAGAUGUAUCUCAAAAUGUACCUAAAGAUGUAUCUCAAAAUAUACCUCAGGAUAUAUCUCAAAAUGUACCUCAAGAUGUAUCUCAAAAUGUACCUAAAGAUGUAUCUCAAAAUAUACCUCAGGAUAUAUCUCAAAAUGUACCUCAAGAUGUAUCUCAAAAUGUACCUAAAGAUGUAUCUCAAAAUAUACCUCAGGAUAUAUCUCAAAAUGUACCUCAAGAUGUAUCUCAAAAUGUACCUAGAGAUGUACCUGAAGAUGCAGCACAACGUAUAGCUCAGAGUGAAACCCGAAAUGUAUCCUUUAACAGGCGUAGCGAUAGAUUGGCUGAUGCUAAAAUGAAGUCAAAAAAGAGAAGCAUUUUUUAUGAAAAUGUGUCAAGUAAAAUUUCCAAAAUUUUCUUUUUUACGUCAAAAAAAUCUAGUGGUGAUUCUGAUGAUAAUUUAGAAAAUGAAAAAGAAAUAUCAAGUGAAAAGUCUGUUGUAGAUAAGGAAAUGGCAAGAGAAAAAUCUGUUGUAGAUAGGGAAAUGGCAAGAGAAAAAUCUGUUGUAGAUAGGGAAAUGUUAAACGAACAGUUUACUAUAGACAAGGAGAGGGCACGUGAAAAAUCCACUGUAGGCAAAAAACGUAUUGCAGAUGAAAAAGAGGGUGAAUGUACAACUAACAGGGAGAUCUCAGUAAAAGAACAAUUAAUAGAGAAAAAUUAUGCGAACAAACUAUUGGACAUAGGUGAAGACAGUAGUGAAAUAAAAAAAAGGAACUCAUCAAAUGGUAAGAUUGAUGACAAUAAUGCUAAUUCGGAUAGAAGUUCGGAGAAGGAAGAUGAUACACAUAUUGAUAAUAUUCAAAUUGGUGAAAAUAUUGAUGGAGAAAAUGAAGACAAUAAAAUGGAAGGAAAUCAACGGGAAAACGAAAACUCCGAGGAGAAAGAAAAGGAUAACAAAGAUUCUAAUAAAACAAUAACUAGUGUAAAAAAAGAAAAUAACAGUAGAAAUAAUGUGGAUGUAGAAUUACGAACAUGUAAUAUUUGUAAUAUGGUAUUUGCAAAUAACAAAUUAAUGCAAAGACAUGUGAUGAGCGUACAUUCGAAUGAAAGACCAUAUGAAUGUGAAAUUUGUCUAAAGAGAUAUAAAAGAGCAGAUCAUUUAAAACUACAUAGAAUGAAACAUGAUAUAAACAAAGAAGAAAAGAAGUUUCAGUGCUCAAUAUGUCAGCUUAUUUUCAAAACAUCAAGGCAGUCUUAUAAUUGUAAACUCAAGCAUUUGAAAGAUUCAAAAAAUAAUUGUUCAAAUAUGUCCUCGAUAGAUAUAGAAAAGUUAACUGAGAAUAUUUUACCUUUGAAUAAUGAUUCAUUCGAAAAAAGGGGUAACGAAAUUACUGAUAUGGCUGAGAGUAGUGGUGAAGGAGAUGUUGAGAAGGGAAAUAAUGUAGAAGGUGGGAAAACAAAUAAUAAAGUAAAUAAUAAAAGUAGUAGAGAAAAGGAAGGGGAAAAAAGCGGGGAGUUGCAAUGCAGUAACAAUGAAAAUAACAUGAAUAACGAAUUAGAAAAUAUAGAAGAGCGAAAUACAGGACAAACAGAUAGCGACACAUUGAUUGAAAAAAAUGUAAUUAAAAAAGAAACUCUUUCACCCAGUAGCAUUUCAAUAGAAAUAAGAACAUGUAAUGUAUGCAAUAUGGUAUUUGCAAAUAAGAAAUUAAUGAAAAGACAUUUAAUGUGUGUACAUUCAGAUUCUCGACCUUAUAAAUGUGAGUUAUGCAUAAAGACAUAUAAAAGAUCAGAUCAUUUGAAAAAACAUAUUUUAACACAUAAAGAUAAUAAAGAAAAAGUAAAAUAUAAUUGUUUAAUUUGUCAGUUAAGUUUUGAUACACCAAAAGAAUUGAGAACUCAUAAAAUUAGACAUUAUACAUGUCCAUAUGAAAAUUGUUCUUACUCCUAUUCUACUAUUUCAAAAAUGAAAUAUCAUUUAAAUAAGCAUAAGUGUAACCUUUUUUAUUCUUGUCCAGCGUGUGAAAAGAAAUUUCUUAUAUAUAAAGAAUUCAUACAGCAUAAAAGAAAUUGUUUUAAAAAAAAAUAUGUUUGUUUACAAUGUAAUAAAAUAUAUCUACACAUUAAUGGUUAUAAUAAACAUGUUAAAAAGGUACAUUUAAAUAUUUGUCAGAAUUAUAAAUGCACAAUAAAUAAUUGUAGCAAAGAAUUUUCGUCCGAAUUUAGUUUAAAGGAACAUGUAAUUAACUUCCAUCAUCAUGUUAAGAGAUUUUUUUGCUCCAAGUGUAAUAUGUCUUUUGGAUAUAGGAGUUCAUUUAGAAGACAUAACAUUUAUAUUCAUUCGUAA